GCAAGCUUCGCGCCCCGUCACCCCACGCCGGACUCUCCCACUGAGAGGAGUUCUGCCCCAAGCCCCGGAGGCCCGGCAGGCCGCCUCCAGAGGAGCCCCCGCAGACGCCAUACUAAAAGUCAAAAUGGCUGCCCCAAGGAAGCCCGCACCGCGCAGCUAGCAAGGGCUGGGGAACAAGCUUCUGCGGGAAAGGGGGAGGGGGGCCCUCGGGAGAGCCGUCGCCAGAGCCGUAGGCAGGACUACCGCCCCCCGAGCUGCACAGAUCCCCUCCUGGAUACCACAAUGCAUGUAGCCACCAUUAUCUUCUUAAUCUCCUCUGAUGUCUGACAGCUUCUCACACUUUCUUGCAUUUCAUGAGCUUGACAGUUUUAGGAAAUACAGGUUCUAAUUACAGGCACCUCUUGACAUAACUUUUGAACUAUCUGGAAAAACACUGGCCAGAAAAAAAAAAUGAUAAAGUUUUUCCUAAUGGUGAAUAAACAAGGACAGACCCGACUUUCUAAAUACUAUGAACAUGUGGAGAUUAAUAAGCGUACACUUCUUGAAACGGAAGUCAUAAAGAGCUGUCUCUCCCGAUCCAGUGAACAAUGCUCUUUCAUUGAGUUUAAGGAUUUCAAGCUGAUAUAUCGACAGUAUGCAGCUCUCUUCAUUGUGGUUGGAGUUAAUGACACAGAGAAUGAGAUGGCAAUUUAUGAAUUUAUCCAUAACUUUGUGGAAGUGUUAGAUGAGUACUUCAGCCGAGUGAGUGAAUUAGAUAUAAUGUUUAAUUUGGACAAAGUACACAUCAUUUUGGAUGAGAUGGUGUUAAAUGGCUGCAUUGUGGAAACAAAUCGGGCAAGAAUUCUUGCCCCUCUACUCAUCCUUGACAAAAUGUCAGAAAGCUGAAUGAUGGCUCUGCCAGACAAGAUCUACUUGUAGAAGUGAGGAUACCAUGGAAUGAAUACCUUUCAACAUCUGUAGCCCAAAAAAUCUGGAAGACUCUGUAUUGCAAAAUGGGGUGUCUUCCAAAAACAAUUUAAAUAGAUGUUUCCCACAGUUCCUAAAUGGAAAACAAAACUGUACAUUAAAAUAUGGUGUACAAAGAAAACGUUUCUCUGAACUAAGAGACAAAUUUUGUUUUCUAGCCAUAAGCAUUUUUCUCCCCACUUGCUCAAAUUUUGUUGCAUUCUGAGGAUAACUUUUUUGUUCUUUGCUUCUCUUUGUACAUUUAAUUCCGGAUUAGUAGCAUGGGAAGAACAUGUGACAACUAUCAGCCAAUAAAAUUUUAAACACACAUA